AUGAGGGACACAGUGUAUGCUAUAUUUUUCUAUUAAAAAUAUUUCAGAAGGAUGGCCCAACUCAAUAUCACUUUAUUCCAUCCCUAUUCUUUUCUUCUUCUCGGGAUCCCUGGGCUGGAAAAUGUGCAUGUAUGGAUUGGCUUCCCCUUCUGUGCUGUGUACUUGACAGCUGUCCUAGGAAAUAUGUGCAUACUCUAUGUGAUUCAGAUUGACAGAAGCCUCCAUCAGCCCAUGUUCUACUUCUUGGCCAUUCUGUCAUCGAUUGAUCUGGGACUAUCAACAUCCACUAUCCCCAAAAUGCUUGGCAUCUUUUGGCUCAACCUAAGAGAAAUCUCCUUUGAGGGCUGUCUCAUCCAGAUGUUCUUCAUUCACCAGUGCACUGGCAUGGAAUCAGCUGUUCUCCUGGCCAUGGCCUAUGAUCGUUAUGUGGCCAUCUGUAACCCUCUUCGCUACACAUUAGUACUGACAAAAAAAGUUGUAUCGAUUAUAGCACUGAUCAUCCUCUUGAAACCUUUAACUUUUGCAAUUCCCUUUGUUCUGCUCAUCCUAAGAUUACCAUUCUGUGGACACCAAAUAAUCCCUCACACAUACUGUGAGCAUAUGGGCAUUGCCCGCCUGUCCUGUGCAAGCAUCAAAGCCAACAUCAUCUAUGGUUUAUGUGCUAUUUGCACCCUGGUGUUUGACCUCAUAGCCGUUAUCAUCUCUUAUGUCCAGAUUCUUCAUGCUGUCUUUCGACUCCCUUCCCAUGAUGCUCGGAUCAAAGCUCUCAGCACCUGUGGCUCUCAUGUUUGUGUCAUGCUGGCUUUCUACACACCAGCCUUUUUCUCUUUCAUGACCCAUAGAUUUGGCCACAAUGUGCCACGUUACAUUCAUAUUCUUCUUGCCAAUUUAUAUGUGGCCAUUCCACCUGCUCUCAAUCCUGUAAUUUAUGGUGUCAGAACUAAACCGAUUAGAGAAAGGUUGCUGAAAAUAUUUUCUAAGAAAUAA